CACUCAAAUUUUUCGUCGUCUUCUUCGCGAGAACUCUCUGAUAGAAUUCUCAAGAACCCUAAUUUCUUCAGAUCUUCUCACUCAAAUUUCCGAGAAAAUGAAGAUUGUUGGCGCUAAUGUCCAUUUCCAGAAAUUGGAAGCCAAAAGCUCUUCACCGGCGUUCUAUCAAUCCUAUCUGGAGAUGAUUGCUGCUCAAGAGCUCUCCGAAUUCCUUCAUAUGGAGAUUCAAUUCAAGUAUGAGAACGAAGUUCUUGAAUUCUACAAGAACGGAAAGGUCAAGACUGUCAAAUCGAAGAAGGACCCACAGAGGACGAUUCAAGUCAUCAAGUCCACUGUUGGAGGAACUAAAGUGAAGCUCUCUCAGAAGAAAUUGGGAGAAAAGCUUCACCUUCCCAAUUCUGGAGUUGAAAUUGGGAGACUUCCAGCCAAGAAUCCGGAUUGGAAGAUUAUUGGAAUUUCUAGACAAGUUCCCUCUAGCCCAGUGAAGAAAUCAGAUUUGAAGAACGACUACAAGCUAGUCCUGGAAUUGGUCAUCGCUUGCCUCGAGUGUGGAAGUGGAGGACAUGCUGAUGACAUCACUCAAGAGAGGGCCUUCAUCAUCAACACCCUCCUUACCAAAUCUAAGGUAAAUUGGGCUGCACAUUUCUUCAAUUCCAUUUCCAAGCAUUUAGGGAAGCCCAAACAAAAAUAUUUAUGUCAAGGACUGUACCUUAGGUACAUCUUGGAGUCCAUGGGCGUUGCCUCUAAAGGGAAGAAGUAUGAUGCCAGAUAUUGGCUAUACUACCUGUCUUCCAAAGGGGACACUACGCCAAAAACAGCAUCAGACGACUGUUGAUUAACUACUAUUUAUACAAACACAGUAGUUGGAAAAAAACAGACUACUGUAAGUUUUUCUUGGCAAUAAAACUGUAGUCUAGCU